ACCUAAAUCAAGAAACUGUGGUUAAUGGUAGUCAUAGCUGUCAUGAGCCUGAAUACUGCCUGCUUUAAAAUUCAGACUUUGUACAUUGUAGAACUGUAGAAUUGACACCAUCAAAAGAGGAGACGGCAUGUAUGAUUUUGGAGGAAUUCUGAGAGCUGUGGGAGAAUUUGGCCCAUUCCAGAGACGUUUGCUCGUCUUAGUAUGUUUGCCGAAUUUCUUCAUGGGGUUCCACUUGAUUGCUCAGGUUUUUACUGGUGCGAUUGACCAACAUUAUUGUCAGACUGAUUGGAUCUUAAACAUAAGUGCUAUUCUGGACAAAGAACAACAAUUGCUCUUGACUCUCCCGAAGGAAAACAAUGGCUCUUACCAGAAAUGUAAAAUGUACAAGCCAAAUCCAGACAAAGACAUGGAUUGGAUACGGUUACACCUAAACCAGUCUACAGUGGCAUGUGAAGAAGGCUGGGUAUACGACACCUCACAAUAUAGCUCAACCUUGGUGACAGAGUUUGAUCUGGUUUGUGAUGACAAUUAGUUAAACCAGCUCUCACAGUCUGUUUCCAUGCUUGGGCUUUUUAUUGGAGCCUUAGUGUUUGGUCCACUAGCAGUCAGGUUUGGCCGACGCCCAAUUGUUUUGCUAUCACUGAUUCUUCAACUAGUGAGUAGUGUAGGAGCAGCUUUUGUGCCAAGUUUCAAUCUAUUCAUGGCUCUGCAGUUUGUUGUUGGGGCAUCUGUGUCUGGCACGUUAAUUAACACCUUCGUCUUAGGUAUCAGAAAAGUAGUCAGUAUGAAUAAGGGGAGGUGCAUGAUGGUAAUGCCACUAGACUUGGAAUCUGUAACCCCAUACCAAUAUUCUGGGGUCACGGGUUCAAAGCCCAUCAUGGCAGAUGGUGCAGAAUGGCCUGGAGUAUCACAGCGAACACUUACAAUUGUCCUCUCACACUGUGCCUUUUCAUUCGGGCAGAUGGUUCUAGCUGGGCUGGCUUAUGCAACACGUGACUGGAGAAUGUUACAAUUAACUAUCUCAUGUCCAAUGGUUAUUUUUCUGGUUUAUAUAUGGUUAAGUAUUUUACAUAACCUUUGUGAAUUUCCAUUCUGCCAUCAGUGUCAAUUCCUCCUUAUUUACCUACUGAAUUGUUCGUCACUACCUUGUAUAUUUGACCCGUGCUUUUGGUUUUCCAACAACGGAAGGCUGGGAGCUGGGAGGGCUGUCAAUAAUGCCAAGCGAAGAUUGACAUCUGAACCCAAUGUCUUCCCAGAUUGCUCUGAGCAGGAACAUGGACCAAAAAGAUACUGGAUGCCUAAUGUUACCACAUUUAUUUUCGAGUUCAUGACUGAGAAAGAAGUCCAGAAGGCCUCCAAUUUGGAUCUUUUCAAGACAUCAAAGCUGAGGACGAUUACAUUGAUUUUAAUUAGCACCUGGUUCAUAAACAACUUUGUGUAUUAUGGAUUGGCCUUUAAUGUUGGGAGCUUUGGCAUGAACAUUUACAUAACACAACUUGUCUUUGGAUUCAUGGACUUUGUGCAUCUCUCUUGCAUUUGGCUGCUGAAUAUAUUUGGCUGGAAAAAAUGUCAGGGAGGUUUCCUAUUGCUAAGCAGAAUCUCAUGCCUCCUCACAUUAUUUUUUUCAGAAGGUACACCUUUAGAAGUCACUGUACUUGCCGUCAUUGCAAAACUGGGAAUCUCCUGCUCCUUCUCCACUGCCUACGUUUAUUCUGCUGAAUUAUUCCCAAUUGUGAUCAGAUGUAACCUAGCUUUAUUUUCAUUUGAGGACGAGUUUCCUUUGGACACCACCAGCACUUCAAAUGUUAAUGGUAGUCAUGUCGGAAAAGGCAAAAAUUGGCAACACAGACAGCCUGGCCUUGGUUUGGUGUCCAUGUCAGCUCGGAUAGGUGGCAUUAUUGUCCUCCUGUUUGAACUUUUACGACAUGACUAUCCAGCUCUCCCCACGGCCUUAUUUGGAUCUGCACUACUAGUUGCUGCUGGCCUGAGUGUCCUGUUACCUGAGACUGUCAACAAAGAACUACCAGAUCAAACCAGCCAAGUUGGAAAAUCUAGAGGCAAAGUGAAUAGUAAGAAUGACUUAGAAAAUGGACACAAUCAGACUACAGCAGAAAACAGAAACUUUAUUGAGAGCACCUGAUUAUAAAGUAAAACAUUAUCGCAACAGAAAUUCUGAGCAACACGGCUAAAAGUCACUCAGAACUCUUCAACUCUUUUCUGCAUUGUAACUUGGAGUUUAUGCAUGUUUUCAACAGACAUCAGCAUUUUAACUGUUCCAACAGAAUUAUAUUGCUAAGAGAUUGAUUUUAAGAAAAAGAUUUUGUUAAUUUUGUUUUAAUAAAUUCAAUACUAGAAGAACCAUAAUUGACAGACACAAUUAAUUAUAAGAAAAUGUCAUUGCACGUGACUGAAAAUGUCCAGUGUGUAUUGGAAUGCCAGCGAUUGGGGUCCAUUAGAUUUGUAGCUGUAUGGCUGCAUCUUAAUUCCUACUCUAUACCAGAACAGGUGAGUGUCUACAGGGUUGAUGGGAAAAGUGGCCAACUUCUCAGGAAUAGUAACAAGGCAGAGCCAGGUACUGUAGAUUAAGCAGGAGUCUUAUAAAAAGAGCUGUGAAAAAGCUAUUUGACUUUCCUGGUCAUCAAGGCCACUUAAUUAAAGACAGAAAAGAGGGCAAUGAAACAGAUGUAUCUUCCCUGUGCGACGUUGGAUAGAUGGUCUUCAAGUCACAAGACUCCUGGCAGGAGUUGAAAAUUCUGGGACUUUCAAGAAAAAAAUAUAGAAAUAAGCAUUUUGAAGACAUUUGCAGUGUAACCAACGAACGAUUAUUACAGAAGCAGCACCCUGAGCCCAGAGUUCAGAGAGGAAGGACGAACCCAGCUGAGUGAUCAAAGCCUGGCCAGCUAUCCCUCACCAGUGUGCAUAAUAAGUCUAAGUAGUGAGUUUGAGGAGUCUUUAUGUUGUAAUCUGAUGUGGUUUUUAUGCUGGAGCGUUUCACUGACUGAAUGAUAAAAAGAAGAUUGCAGUGAUAGUACAGGUUAUGAUAAUUGUGUAUACUGAUGUUAAUCCGGGAAGGGCAGUGAAUAAGUGUUGAGUAAGAAAAUGGUUCGUAAAGGGUUAAUGUUGAAAACAGCAUUAAACUCCACCCAGUCUGAUGAUGUCAUAUUUGCUGGCGGAGAUAAGACUGAAGAAUUUGAAAUCUAAUGGAGUGAAGACAUAUAUCCGGGUCUCCUCAUAGGCGUAGCAACAGUUUAUUAAUGUAACUUGUACCCGAUUGCUUUGCAAUGUCUUACAUAUUGUUCAAGGCAAGAGCUUCUUCUUGUAAAGACCCAUGAGUGGUUGUUCCCCUGCCACUAUAAAUUAAGUACGCCCUUAGACCCUGACAAGGAACAAGGAAUGGUGGCUGCAUCCUUUUAUUUGCAACCACCACAUGGUGAUCAGCAGUGGGUUUUGGUGCUUGACAUGAUAAAGCCUGGUAUGGCUUGCAUUUUCUACAUCUUUGCAUGUUCUCCCAUAGGAAUUUCAAAUGCUUUUUGUAUUACCUCCUCACGACAGUUGGGGAGUUCCACAAUCUGAUGAAGAACCACUUAUUUCUCAAUGACAGGCCAGUGAGGGUGUCUCAACUUCCUCAUCACAACUCCAUCCUCAGUAUGAUAAUAACAAAGAACAAAGAACAAAGAAAAUUACAGCACAGGAACAGGCCCUUUGGCCCUCCAUGCCUGUGCCGAUCAAGAUCCUCUGUCUAACCUGUCAUCUAUUUUCUAAGGGUCUGUGUCCAUUUGUUCCCUACCCAUUCAUGUACAUGUCCAAAUAUAUCUUAAAAGACGCUAACUUGUCUGCAUCCACCACCUCUGCUGGCAACGCGUUCCAGGCACCCAACAUCCUCUGUGUAAUGAACUUGCCACACAUAUCUCCCUUAAACUUUCCUCCUCUCACUUUGAACUCAUGACCCCUAAUAAUUGAGUCCUCCACUCUGGGAAGUAGCUUUGUGCUAUCCACCCUGUCUAUACCCCUCAUGAUUUUGUAGACCUCAAUCAGGUCCCCUCUCAAUCUCCAUCUUUCUAAUGAAAAUAAUCCUAUAAUCUAUUCAACCUCUCUUCAUAGCUAGCACCCUCCAUACCAGGCAACAUUCUGGUGAACCUCCUCUGCACCCUUUCCAAAGCAUCCACAUCCUUUUUGUAAUGUGGCGACCAGAACUGUACACAGUACUCCAAAUGUGGUCGAACCAAAGUCCUAUACAACUGUAACAUGACCUGCCAACUCUUGUACUCAAUACCCCGUCCAAUGCAGGAAAACAUGCCAUAUGCCUUCUUGACCACCCUAUUGACCUGCGUUGUCACCUUCAGGGAACAAUGGACCUGAACACCCAGAUCUCUCUGUUCAUCAAUUUUCCCUAGGGCUUUUCCAUUUACUGUAUAGUUCGCCCUUGAAUUAGAUCUUCCAAAAUGCAUCACCUCGCAUUUGCCCGGAUUGAACUUCAUCUGCCAAUUAUCUGCCCAACUCUCCGGUCUAUCUAUAUUCUGCUGUAAUCUCUGACAGUCCCCUUCACUAUCAGCUACUCCACCAAUCUUCGUGUCAUCAGCAAACUUGCUGAUCAGACCACCUACACCUUCCUCCAAAUCAUUUACAUAUAUCACAAACAACAGUGGUCCCAGCACAGAUCUCUGUGGAACACCACUGGUUACGGUCUCCAAUUUGAGAAACUCCCUUCUACUACUACUCUCUGUCUCCUGUUGCCCAGCUAGUUUUUUUUAUCCAUCUGGCUAGCAAACCCUGGACCCCAUGUGACUUCACUUUCUGCAUCAGCCUGCCAUGGGGAACCUUAUCAAAUGCCUUACUGAAGUCCACGUAUAUGACAUCUACAGCCUUCCCCUCAUCAACCAACUUUGUCACGUCCAGAUGUCAAUGUUCCAGAACACCUUCAGUUUCAGCCUCAGUAUGAACUGACUCCAUUAACUUACUUAAAUUUAGAUUUACUAUCUGAACCUCAAUUAAUAACGAAAUAUUUAAUGCUUCUUUUGAAUCAUUCCCAUCCUUAAAGAAAGUUUCAGCUACCCUGCUUGUUAUUAUUUUAAUGUGUGGUGAUGGACUUGAACCAUUGUUCUGGUCACCAAGUAUGGUUGAAAAAUACUUGGAACUUGUUCCUGUCACAUUUCUGUCACUUUAGCCUUAUUCAAGUUUUCUGUGAUUAUUUGUGAAGCUAAUAACUUUUACUUCAGCCAAAUUAUAAAAAAGACCAUCUUCUCUUUUGACAAAAACAACUUUCAUGUCUUUCCUCAAUCCUAUUCGCUCACAAGCACUCAAACUUAUUUUUACUUUCUGUUCCACAGUUGUAAUUAAAGCUGCAAAUUGA